AUGGCUACUAAUAUCACCUGGCACGACAACUUAUCGCACACAGAGCGUUCGGAGCUCAGAAAACAAAAAGGUGUCACUGUCUGGUUGACCGGAUUAUCUGCCAGCGGGAAAUCCACCAUUGCUUGUGCUAUUGAACAGGCGUUAUUGCAAAGAGGCUUGAACUCGUACAGAUUGGACGGCGACAACAUCCGCUUUGGGUUGAACAAGGAUUUGGGUUUCUCCGAAAGUGACCGUAAUGAGAACAUCAGAAGAAUCAGCGAGGUGGCUAAAUUAUUCACCGACUCGUGCUGCGUCACCUUAACUUCUUUCAUCAGCCCUUACAUCAAGGACAGACAGGUGGCCAGAGAAUUGCACGAAAGCAACAACCUUCCCUUUGUGGAGGUCUACGUUGACGUUCCUGUGGACGUGGCCGAAAAGAGAGACCCCAAGGGUUUGUAUAAAAAGGCCAGAGAAGGCAUCAUCAAGGAAUUCACCGGCAUUUCUGCCCCAUACGAGGCUCCAGAAAAGCCCGAGAUCCACUUGAAGAACUAUGAUGGCCAGAGUAUCGAGCAAAGUGCCCAAGUCAUCAUUGACUAUUUGGUAGAGAAGAAGUACAUCUAG